GUUGUUCGCGAAAAACGAGAAUGAAAUUGACAGUCUAACAUCUACUGUCAACCUUAUUAGUCAAGAUAUAGGAAUGGAAUUUGGGAUAAAAAAGUGUGGUGUUGUGACCUUAAGAAGGGGAAAAUUAACAGGAAGUGCAGGGAUUGAACUUGUCAAUGGGGAAAAGAUCAAGGAGGUUGGUGAAGAAGGAUACAAGUAUCUGGGAAUAACAGAGUUGGAUAGAAUAAAAGAAGAGGAGAUGAAGAAAAUAUUUCAAAGAGAAUAUUUCAGAAGGGUUAGACUUAUCAUGCAGUCAAAACUUAAUGGAAGGAAUAAGAUUAAAGCAACAAAUACCUGGGCAAUCUCCCUGAUGCGCUAUGGAGCAGGAAUAAUUAAAUGGAGAAAAGACGAGCUAGAAAGUAUGGACAGAAGAACCAGGAAAUUAAUGACAAUGAGUAAAGAACUUCAUCCUAGAAGCGAUGUAGCAAGAAUUUAUGUUAGCAGGAAAAAGGGUGGUAGGGGACUGAUAAGUUGUGAGUAUUGUAUUGAAAAUGAGACAAACAACCUGGCUUGGUAUGUGAAGCAUGCUAGAGGCAAUAUUAUGUCAAAAGUGAGAGACCUUGGGGCAAUGAAUACUGAGGAGGCAGUAGCACCGAAUGAACAUAAGAAUGAGACAAAAAGGCGCUUGGAGAAACGAUGGAAAGAUAAGCCGAUGUAUGGGCAAUUUACUAAGAAUACUGACGGAAUUUAUUGGGAAAAAAGCUGGUCAUGGUUAAGGAGCGGAGAUCUGAAAGGGUGCACUGAAGCAUUAGUGUGUAGUGCACAGGAGCAGGCGCUGCGCACUAAUUAUACCAAGCACUACAUUGAUAAAACAAGUGAUACGCCUUUAUGUAGAAUGUGCGGUGACAAGGGAGAAACAGUUAGCCAUCUGGUGAGCGAAUGUGCUAAACUGGCACAGACAGAAUAUAAAAGACGACAUGACAAUGUGGCAAGGUAUAUUCAUUGGUUGUUAGCGGAAAAGUGCGGAUUUGAAAGAGCCACAAAAUGGUAUGAACAGAAACCUGAAGGAGUUUUAGAGAAUCACAAGUUUAAGCUACUGUGGGAUUUUAUGAUUCAAUGUGAUAGGGUUGUUGAAGCUAGAAGGCCAGACAUUGUUGUCGUUGACAAGGAAAAAAAGGAUGUGAAGAUAAUCGAUAUUGCCAUUCCUGGUGAUAAUAGGGUAAAAGGUAAAGAACAAGAAAAAAUUGAGAAAUAUCAACCAUUAAAGGAGCAAAUCGGAAAUCUGUGGAAUAUGAAGAAGGUGACAGUCAUCCCUGUUGUGAUUGGGGCAUUAGGGUGUAUAUCAUAUUGUUUUGAAGAGCACAUGGAAAAGAUCGGAAUUGAUGUAAAGUUACAGGUGAUACAAAAGACAGCACUGCUAGGGACAGCCAGGAUUUUGAGACAGACAUUGUCUAUGUAAACUUGAGAUGACAGAAUGGGACCUUUGUCAGCUUGUUGCUGACUGCUCCCUCCUAUAUUAUCCGGACCAAUUAACAUCUAGGUGUCUGUGAAUCACUUAAUUAGCCAUAAUAGAAGAAUUCUUCCUAUA